AUGCAUUACCCUACUUUCGGCCACUUCCUCUUGGCGAGCAUCCUUGCCGUCCAAGGUGCUCACUCCUUCUCCCUCAUCCCCACGGGCCAGGUUGCUAGACGCUAUGCCGCUCCCGCAUUGGCACUGGCACUGCCUGCCUUGGCUGCGCCCCAAGUUGCCAACAUCGAGGCCCGCGAGCCCCACCACAAGGGCAAGAAGACCAACAAGGCCAACAAGGCCAACGGCAAGCGCGAUGUGAUCGCUGCUGAUGACGCUGAGGAGGAGGACGAUGUCGACCACCCCAUCGAGGCUCGUGAGCCCCACCACAAGGGCAAGAAGACCAAGGCCAACAAGGCCAACGGCAAGCGUGAUGAGUCUGCUAUUGAGGCCCGCGAGCCUCACCACAAGGGCAAGAAGACCAAGGCCAACAAGGCCAACGGCAAGCGUGACGUUGCUGCUGAUGAUGAGGAGGAGGACGAUGUCGACCACCCCAUCGAGGCUCGUGAGCCUCACCACAAGGGCAAGAAGACCAAGGCCAACAAGGCCAACGGCAAGCGUGAUGAGUCUUCUGCCACCAUCGAGGCCCGCGAGCCUCACCACAAGGGCAAGAAGACCAAGGCCAACAAGGCCAACGGCAAGCGUGACGUUGCUGCUGAUGAUGAGGAGGAGGACGACGUCGACCACCCCAUCGAGGCCCGCGAGCCCCACCAUAAGGGCAAGAAGACCAAGGCCAACAAGGCCAACGGCAAGCGUGACGAGUCUGCUAUUGAGGCCCGCGAGCCCCACCACAAGGGCAAGAAGACCAACAAGGCUAACAAGGCCAACGGCAAGCGCGAUGUGAUCGCUGCUGAUGACGCUGAGGAGGACGAUGUCGACCACCCCAUCGAGGCCCGCGAACCUCACCACAAGGGCAAGAAGACCAAGGCCAACAAGGCCAACGGCAAGCGUGACGAGGCUGCCGACCACAUUGUUGAGGCUCGUGAGCCCCACCACAAGGGCAAGAAGACCAACAAGGCCAACAAGGCCAACGGCAAGCGUGAGGAAACUCUCCAGGCUCGCGCCUUCACCGCCUAA